AAUAUCCAAUUCCUAUUCGCAUUUCCUACCUAACCGCGGAAAUCAGAUAGUCGAUACACUUUGCAUUUCGUAACUUUCCAUAGCUAUCAGAGCCGUUGAUUUCCGAACACGAUCUGUCCUUCGACGAUGGAAUCGAAGGCAGAUGAUCGCCGGUGCAAGCGCAACGAUGGUCAAAAGUGGCGGUGCAGGGAAACGGCGUCGUCGGGGAAGUCGUACUGUGAAAAGCACUUGGCGCAGCUCAAGAGUAAGACUAAGAAUAAGAACAUUCAGAGAGAAAGAUCCAACGGAGACAGCGAUACCGAUAAUCCUAUGAAGAACUGUGAAAAUCACUCGGCGCAGCUCAAGAAUAAGACUAGGAAUAAGAAAAUUCAGAGAGAAAGAUCAGACGGAGACAGCGGUUCCGAUAAUCCUGUGAAGAAUUGCAAAUUAAAGGAGGAAAAGCCUUACAAGAAGACGGAGCAGCGUGUGAGCUUGAUGUGCCACCAGUGUCAGCGGAACGACAAGAGUGGCGUUGUCCACUGUUCUAAUUGUAAGAUAAAGCGAUUUUGCUUCGAGUGCAUUGAAAGAUGGUACCCUGGGAAGACAAGAGAGGAAAUAGCGAAGAAUUGCCCAUUUUGCUGUCGCAACUGCAACUGCAAAGAUUGCUUGCGCCAGUUUAUUAAGAAACCUUGCAACAUAAAAGUUGAGCCCAGUGUCAAAUUACAGCGGCUGAAGUACUUGCUAUAUAAAGCUUUACCUGUUCUGAGGCAUAUUCAUACUGAGCAGAGCUUUGAACUAGAGAUUGAAGCCAAAAUACGAGGUGCUCAGUUGAGUGAAAUGGACAUAACGAGAACUAAAAUAGAUCAAAGUGAACGUAUGUAUUGCGACAAUUGCUAUACUUCUAUUGUUGAUUUCCACAGAAGCUGCCCCAACCUCCAUUGUUCCUACGAUCUCUGUCUUACUUGUUGCCAAGAGCUAAGGAAAGGCUGCCAACCUGGAGGUAGUGAAGCAGAAACAUCUCACCAACAAUCAGUGGAAAGAGCUCAGAAACAAGUGACUAAAAGCGAGGACAAUACUAAUUUGAAAAGGAAAAGACAUGGCUGGGAGAGCCAAAUUACCCUUGCUGCUGAUGAUUCUAAAACUGAUGUGACUCUUUCUUUUCCUAACUGGAGAGCUAAUCCUGAUGGGAGCAUUCCAUGUCCUCCAAAAGAAUGUGGAGGUUGUGGCAAGGUAAAGCUGGAAUUGAGGCGCAAAUGUAAAGCUAAUUGGGUAACAAAGCUGUUAAAAAGUGCAGAGGAUGUUACUAGUGACUUCAAGAAGCAAGAUGUCGAUAUGUCUCAACAAUGCUCCUGGUGCCAGCCGAAUGAUUCCGAGGAAAAUAAUAACCUACAGUCUGAAGUGAGGCAGGCAGCAGUCAGGAAAAACUGUGAUGAUAACUUCUUAUACUGUCCAAGUGCUGUUGACAUUGCAGAUGAUGAAAUUGAGCAUUUUCAGAGGCAUUGGAUGAAUGGGGAACCUGUGAUAGUCAGAAAUGUUCUUGACAAGACAUCUGGUCUUAGUUGGGAACCUAUGGUCAUGUGGAGGGCUUUUAGAGAAACGGGUGCCAAGGUAAAGUUUAAAGAGGAGACACGAAGUGUGAAGGCCAUUGACUGCUGGGAUUGGUGUGAGGUUGAAAUUAAUAUUCACCAAUUUUUCACGGGCUACUUAGAGGGUCGUGUACAUAAAAGUGGGUGGCCAGAGAUGUUGAAAUUGAAGGAUUGGCCCUCAUCAACUUUAUUUGAGGAGCGACUGCCAAGGCAUUGUGCUGAAUUUAUCGCAGCACUCCCCUACAGUGACUAUACUGAUCCAAAAGAUUCAGGCAUAGGUUGUCUCAAUCUUGCUACAAAACUUCCUGUUGAUUCAUUGAAACCUGAUAUGGGACCGAAAACAUACAUUGCCUAUGGAUUUUCUGAAGAGCUUGGUAGAGGCGAUUCAGUAACAAAGUUACACUGUGAUAUGUCUGAUGCGCUGUUAUCAUGCACGAAGUUGGGUUAUUUAAAAGAUAAAUUUUUAGUGGAUGAGAAUGACAGUUUCCCUCCCAUACAUCAGUCGUGGAAGUUAGAAGGUCAUCAACCUUUGGGUUUAGCAGUAAACGUUCUGACUCACACAACAAGAGUGAAGAUCGCUCCUUGGCAGCAGAAAAAAAUAGAAGGUUUGCGGAGCAAGCAUGAAGCUGAAGACUUGUGUGAACUCUACAAUGAAAGAGAUGACGACAAUGGGAGAGUUAGAGGAAAAUCAUUGAAGAAAACUCACAAACUGCAGAUCAUGAGUGCUGAUUCUGUGGAAUGUACUAAAAAUGAGAACAUUGUGGAGAGUGACCAUCUAAUGCCAAAACAGGAACAGUUGUCAGAUUCCAUGGAUCUAGGUGGUAUUGUCAGACAUGAAGAAACAGAGUAUGUUUCGGAAUCUCCUGAUACUCCAAGUCUUGAUCAUCAGAGGAGUGAACGGAUACAAUCCACCUUGCCUCAUACAAAUGAGGUUGAAGCAGAGCAAGAACAUGUUCAAUGUUCCAGCGACAUGAUGAUUGGGAGGCUUGGUGGGAAAGAUGCUUCAGGGUUUUGUUUCUCAGGCAAUAAUACAGUUGAUGAUAUAAAAAAGUCAAACGUGAGGCAAACAAAGGAUUCUCUUGAAAGUAAUGAUGGGUUAGACGCUGCCCAUGGCGGUGCUGUUUGGGACAUCUUUCGCAACCAGGAUGUUCCCAAGUUAAUAAAGUACUUGGAUAAACACAAGAAAGAGUUUCGCCACAUUAAUAAUCAUCCUGUAGAUUCUGUUGUUCAUCCUAUUCAUGAUCAGACUCUUUACUUGAAUGAGAGACAUAAGAAACAACUAAAGGAGGAGUUCAAUGUGGAGCCUUGGACAUUUACGCAAUACCUUGGUGAGGCAGUUUUUAUUCCCGCAGGAUGUCCUCAUCAAGUGAGAAAUACACAAUCUUGCAUAAAGGUAGCACUUGAUUUUGUAUCUCCUGAGAGUCUUGAAGAAUGUCUUCGAUUGACUGAAGAGUUCCGUUUGCUCCCAAAAAACCAUAGAGCCAAGGAAGACAAAUUGGAGGUGAAAAAGAUGACACUUUAUGCUGUAAGUUCAGCUCUAAGAGAAGCCGAAAGUUUGAUGUCAAAGCUCGAGUGGAGGAUGAGGUUGUACAUUUAUGUUUCUCUAUGCCUGCAUUUUUUCGACGUGUUUACACGUUGUAGGAUGGAGCUGCACGUAAGAGACUAUGUGAAUGAGGGCAUUGGUUUUGCAUACAUUGUUGGCCCACUCCCCACUCCCUAACAGUUUAAGCUUUUGGGGUUUAGUGGUUGCCCAACAUACUAGUAGCCAGACAAUUGUUUGGUUAUGCUGUGUGCCUAUUGAAGUCAAUCUUGAAGGAGUUGCAGCUUUGUGGAGACUUCAUUGACAAUGUUGGAGCUGCUCCAUGAACAACCUUGGUUGUGAAGCCCCCAACAAUCAAUGAAGACAAGAAAAGUUGUUUUCAAUAGCAAAAGUGGAAAGUAUCAGCAGUAGAUAUGAAUGGGAGCAUAUGGUGGCAAUCAAACAGAAAUACAAUGAAAACGUUGUAUGGCAAGCGUGCUGAUAACUUCCCCCGUAUGCUAGGACUUGAACCCAAACCUUGCCUGGGGGAGCAAUUAGUCCAAGCCACUACGCUAGUGAGUCCUUUGUAAACUAUAUCAUCUUUUAACUGGACUGAUUUGUUGUGACUGCUACGUGGCAAGGAACAGUCGACACAAGUUUCUUCUCGAUGGGGGGAUAAUGUACACAUAUCACAUUAAUUUGUUGACUAACAGUAGCUCGACUCUUAAUUGUGCUCUCAUUGCAUAGCCUAUUUUGAUUUGACAAAUAGUUUUUAAUAUCUUAAAAGAUGUAUGUUCUUUUCUUUUGAACUUUUUUUUUUUUUCCAGGCACUAACGAAUGGUAUGGUUUUUCUUGUAGUACAUCCAACCCAUUGAAAAUUGAAGAGGAGUAACCAGUUGGGCAAGAACUACAAAGCUUCUAAUCUACUUUUGUCUGA